CCUGCUUCCCAGCUCCGAACAGCUGGCGGGGUUUGAAAGGGUGCGUGUGUCAGCCCAGCGGAGCCAGCCCAGGCUCCGACCGAGGAUCUCUGGAUAAGACAAGGAGUCCCUGGCGCGCAGCGAGCGACGCUGGGGCGGAGGCGCUGGCUGCUGCCACCCGGCCCAGGGCAGGCUCCGGCUGAGCCGCGCCCGACUGACCCCGGCGCUCCAGGCGGCCCCGGCGGCGCGGCGCGGCGCCCGGGGAGUUGCUCCGCGGAGGACGGGCUGGGCGCGUAGCGAGGCGGGAGCUGCCCGGGUGCAUGCGGCCGGCGCCGCGGAGAGCCGGCGGGGCAGCCCGGGAUGAGCGGCGGGGAAGUGGUGUGCGCCGGCUGGCUGCGCAAGUCGCCCCCGGAGAAGAAGUUGAGACGAUACGCAUGGAAGAAACGUUGGUUCAUCCUGCGCAGUGGUCGGAUGAGCGGUGACCCGGACGUCCUGGAGUACUACAAGAAUGACCACUCCAAGAAGCCUCUGCGUGUGAUCAACCUCAACUUCUGCGAGCAGGUGGAUGCAGGGCUGACCUUCAACAAGAAGGAGCUGCAGGACAGCUACGUCUUCGACAUCAAGACCAGCGACAGGACUUUCUACCUAGUGGCCGAGACGGAGGAGGACAUGAACAAGUGGGUUCGCAGUAUCUGCCAGAUCUGUGGCUUCAACCAGUCUGAGGAGAACGCAGACACUCUGAGGAACAUUCCCUUGGUGAGCCAUGGUCCGCGCUCCUCCCCAGCUGAGCUAAACAGCUCCAACCACCAUCUGCUCAGAGAACGCAAGUCAUCAGCUCCUGCCCACUCCAGCCAACCUACCUUGUUCACUUUCGAUUCACCUGCCAACCACGUCCAGACCACCUUGUCUGCCAGCGCCCCACAGGACUAUCUCUUCCUGCACCAGUGUAUGAGCCGAAAAUCAGAAAAUACAAGGAGCGCCAGUUUCUCCCAAGCCACACGGUCCUCGUUCUUCAUGAGGAGUGACACGGCCGUUCAGAAGCUCUCCCAGGGCAACGGACACUGUGUGAACGGGGUCGGUGGUCAAGUCCACGGAUUCUACAGCUUGCCGAAGCCCAGCAGGCACAAUUCGGAGCUCAGGGACAGCGCCUACGACCUCCCGCGGAGCUUUGGCUCUUACGCUCACACCAAAGCCAGCCUCACGGGCUCUGACACGGAUAAUGAGGAGGUCUAUACCUUUAAGACUCCCAACAACACCCUGUGCAAGGAGUUUGGGGAGCUCUCCACGGACUCCUAUGACAUUCCCGUCACCCCUCUCUCCGUAUACCAGAUCCCAAGGACUUUCACGCUGGACAAGAACCACAACACGCUGGCCGUGGCCUCCAGUGAUUCACCCGCUGCUCCCCCACCCCGGCCCCCUAAACCAGGGCAGAUGGAGUCACGGUGGGGAAGCCCCCAGCAGCGCCCUCCGAAUGGUGAAAGCAUAGGUAUGGUCUCUGUGGCGGCUACCAUUCCCAGGAGGAACACGUUACCAGCCGUGGAGAACAGCAGACUACAUCGAGCUUCUUCCUGUGAGACUUACGAAUACCCCCAGCAUGGCGGCAGCAGCACAGUUCAGUCAGCAGAGUCUGUGAAUGAUGGGUUCAACUCAUAUCUGCAAGCCACAGUCGCUCGCUCCCACAGCGCUGACUGCGAGGACAAUUAUGUCCCAAUGAACCCAGGCUCCUCGUCCCUGCUGAACAUGGAGAAAGCGAAUGACAAUUCCCAGAAUCUCUACAUCCCCAUGAGCCCUGGGCCGCACCACUUUGACCUGAUGGGAUUGUCCUCGACGACCCUCCCAGUCCAUAAAGGAGGAGCCAUUUCCCAGUGCCACAGGCGGCUGAGCGAAAUCCAGCCCCCUCCAGUCAACCGCAACCUCAAACCUGACCGGAAAGCAAAGCCAACGCCUCUGGACCUGAGGAACAACACGGUUAUCGAUGAGCUUCCCUUCAAAUCGCCGGUCACCAAAUCUUGGUCCAGACCAACCCAAACUUUCAACUCCAGCGCCUCACAAUACUGCCGCCCAGUCUCCACCCAGAGCAUCACCAGCACUGACUCGGGAGACAGCGAGGAAAACUACGUGGCCAUGCAAAAUCCUGUUUCUGCUUCUCCGGUUCCUAGUGGCACCAACAGCCCAGCAGCAAAAAAGAGUUCAGGGAGUGUGGAUUAUCUAGCCCUGGACUUCCAGCCAAACUCACCUGGGCCACACAGAAAGCCCUCCACAUCGUCAGUCGCCUCAGACGAGAAGGUCGAUUAUGUGCAGGUUGACAAAGAGAAGACACAAGCCCUGCAGAACACCAUGCAGGAGUGGACUGACGUCCGGCAAUCAGCAGAGCCCAUUAAGAGCAUGAAGCAGUAAUGGACGGGGCAGAUGGGGACAGCCAUCCAGACAGGCAAAUGUCCAACGGGUUUUCCCAGGCUGGGGUUCCCCUGGGUAUGCGAGCUCACUUUGGGGUUGCAUUUCUACAGUACUGUUGUUUGGGUCUUUUUUUUUUUUUAAAGAAACUUAAUUUCAGGGGAAGACUUGGCAGAUACUGUUUGCCAGUGACAAAGACCAAGUACUUGCAGUGGCUGGGUUUGUGCUAUUACUUUAGCUGCUGGCUAUACUGUUCAGGAACUUCAAACUUAGCAAUACUGGGGUCACAAAUGCCCAGCAUGUCUUUUGCUUACAGCUGUUAUUAAAGCCACCUUGUACCUGCUAACACUGUAGUAUCUUUCUCAGUCUUCUUCCGUACUGUACACCUGAACUGUGCCGAAUGUAUACUGGUUUGGUGGCGUCUUUUACAGGACACAGUUUCCCGUUCCAUACCAUUGGGUGGUCCUGACCUUUUCAACCUCUUCAAAAACAAUGGGCAACCGCCAGGUCUAAUAUGUACUUGUUUUAUUAUCAAAUCGCCUGUCAAUAAUGACCGACAUGCGUUUGUAACCUGCAGGGGGCGCUUCUCCAUCAGGCAGCAUGGCUUGUGUGCCAAUACCUGUGGCCAUUCUGUAGCUUGCAAAACGCCCAGACUGACCGACUGGUUGAGACGACCUUAGACCUCCAGGGCUGACCUCUCCUCCCCCACAGCACACACAUAAUGUAUCAAACAGCAAGAUUUACUGAGGUGCCUCUUCUUUUUAAAUGGGUGUUGAUGUGGGAGGGUGGGGGGUUCUAAAGUCCCCAAAAUGAAAGGCUUGUGAAAGGCAGGAUCAGCUUGUGAAAGCAGAAUUAAAGGACUAGAGGCUUGAACUCAAUGGGAAUCCUUUCACUGACUUCAAUAGGCUCUGGAUCUGGCCCUGAGGGUCAACUUCUGCCCAGGGCGGCAGCAUUUGCAGCCCCAUUGGGAGACAAUUCUGCUGCCGUUGAAGUCAGCGAAAGCUUCGCCAUUGAUUGCAAUGGGAGCAGGAAAAGGCUCCCCUGAGUCCGAGUGGAGAAUUAGGCCCAUGUGUGACUUGUAUGGCUUAAUGAUGAGUAAGAGGAAUGGGAUAUGGGACUGUCAACAAGGAUCUGGAGGGCGUAGAUACUGUACCAAGGAAGGAGUGGAAUUGUUUAGAGGCCCAAGGAGGGAGAGCUAGGUGUAAUGCAGUGGAGUUGAGUGAAAGAAAUGUAGGCUACUGGUGAGAUCUUCAGCUGGGGAAUAGUCUCCCACGAGGAGCCAAGGCAGUCCCAUCACUUGAGUAACCUAAAGCAGUGAGGAACGUGCUGUAGGGAACAAUUGUGCAUUGGGCCCUGUGCCUUCUUCCCCCAUCUCUGGUUGCCUCAGUCUGGUGGUUUGCACAGUGCGGUGCCUCAACACUGGGUCAACACUACAGUAGCAAUUGGUGUUGAUGAAAUUAACAAUCCUCAACUGAAAUGAACAACGAGCACCUAGUAUACAUAGGGCAGUGAGGUCCAGGGUCUUGACUCAUCCGGCACUUUGGGUUCAUCUUCUUCUAAGCCCUUGCCCCUCUGAGAGGAGUGAGAAGGGAGAACCUAUUGCCCAGAUAAUAAUCUGUAAACGCAUGGAUAACAAUCCAUGACCCCGUAACAAUAUGGAGGAACAAUGAUCGACAUGCAAUGGUCUGAUUGCCAAACAGAAUGCUAGAAAGAUGCUAAGCACUGAUUUGGACAAACAGCAUUCUGUAAGCUAAGAGUGAACAGAAGGAUAAACCAAGAGGUUAAGAUAAUAAACGCAAUGAUUAAAGAACUCAGAGUGUCUAUUCGGCCCCUACUCCCCCCUCCCAUUGGCAACAGGGAUGGAUGACAAAGGAUGAGAUUUUCAAAUGGGCCUAAACGAGUUAGGCACUACAGCUGGCCAGAAAAUGGAAAUCCAUUCCCAUGAAAAAGUUCAUUUUUUGUUUUUAUAAUUGUCCUGAAUUGGGAUCAAAAGUCCAAAAUGACAUUUUCACAGGAAGGGAUUUUCAGGAAGUCAGGGGGAGAACAGAAAGUGGCAUUUUUUGGCUUCCCAGCUGCCCACCAGGGAAGGCUCUUGUCAUUUUCACUUUCUCCCCACAGGCAGAAAGCGAAACAGCAGAAGCCUUCCAGGCCCACAGCCGGGGAAGUGACAUUUUAAUUUUUCCGAAUGGAAAAUUGAAAUUUUUUGGCAAAAUUGAAAUUUUCCCACAGAAAACAAAUUGUGAUUUUGCAAAAUAGGCAUUUUCCAUCAGAAAACCAUUCCGAUGGAAAAUUCCCAACCAGCUCUGUUAGGCACCCAAUGCCCAUUGAAUGUGCUAACUCUGGCUGAGUAACAUGUGGGGGGGAUUGUCAAGAUAACAUCACAUAUAUUGUGUUGCACUGACGCAAAAGCAGUAGAGUAGUGGACAUUGCAAGGCUGGUUCUAAAGUCGUAGUGGUGCCAAUCCCAGUUCUUUGACUGUAGCCAGCACUGCUCCGGUGCAUACACAAACAGCAUGCCUGUGAGGCAGCGAUCGUGAUGGACGGCCAAUGCUCCUCUAUAAAAUCAUGCACACGUCAUGUUUACAAGUGAGAGCUGUGCAUUUCCUUGCAGCCUCAUGCUCGUAUGACUGCCAAGGUGCAUGUGUGCUGAACUAAAGCCACAUACAGACAUUGCCAUCAUCAGCAGGGGAUAGAAUGCAGAACUGCCAGCAACAAAACCACAGGUCCCUACCACUUGAGCGACAGGAGUUUCUCCAUUAGUAGUAAGUAACUGGCUGCUGUAGUCACUGGGGCUAGCCAGGGCCGGCUCUAGGCACCAGCAAAACAAGCUGGUGCUUGGGGCAGCACAUUUUUAGGGGCGGCAUUCUGGC